AUGAAGAGUCCGUUCUUUCUGCUUGACCUCGCUUUGUUGAAGGACACCAGCGCUCUUGGCGCGAUCUCCAGUGCCGAAAGCGGGGAACCAUGUGAAAUUGAGGGCCAAGCGCAUUAUGAUUGUUUGAUCAAUCAGCCGCCUUCAUGCUUGGAAAGUGUUACAUCUUGUCUGGAACAAAUAAGCACUGGCGGAGAAGCGUUUUGGAAUGGACAGUGCCCUGACGCUGAUUAUAACGCCCCGAUUCCUGGACCGGUAGAGUGCGCGUGCAUUCAAGACGUGCAUUGUGACUGGUUCCCAUCAUGCUGUGAUGCAUGUGCCUCUAUAACACGUGUUUGGAUUGAGUGCAUCAAUGUUAACAGCGACCUUGAUCUCUACUGCCCCGAUCUUUCUUGUUCAGGAGACAGCUCUGGAGGAGGAGGAGACACCUCUGGAGAGGCAGCUCCAACCCCAACCCCGGCUAGUAGCUGCUUUUCCGCAACCGCUUCCGUUGAGGUUUUGGGCAAGGGACAAGUGGAGAUGCAGAAACUCAAGGUGGGCGACAAGGUGCUUACUACCACUGAAACUGAUGAAGCUGAAUAUCAGCCGGUGUAUGCAUUUGGCCAUCGAAGCCCAACCACUUUGGGGCGAUUCCUUCAAAUCACCACUGAUACCGAUAGUCUCGAAAUUACCGGUGAACAUUUGCUCUAUGUUGCUGACAAGAGCCACCCUGUCCACUGCGACGGUACUGCCAAUCAGGUCAAGAAAAUCAAGACUGUCAUGAAAGAGGGGCUCUAUGCGCCAUUGACUCCCGGUGGAAAGCUUGUCAUCAAUGGCAUCCAGACUUCGGCCUACAUUGCUCUUCAGAAGGAUGACCAAGAGCUGUUCACCACUCUCAAUGGUCUCAUCACUAUCCCCCACUCAUCUUACAUUCAUUUGUAUCUCGCCCCUCUUCGUGUUGUCUGCCUUGGGAUCUCUUCCAUGCCCUGCCAACUAAUGCAUGAGCACGGAAUGCCUCUCUACAUCAAAUGGGGGAUUGAUGUCAUCAAUAUGGCCACCGAUACUCCAAUUGGAAUUUUUUUGUCAGGAUUUGUCGCUGUGGAGGCUCUCUUUGGUGCUACCCUGGGACCACUGAUUGUCUUUUCUGUUUGUGUUGCAUACUCCUUUGUUCGCAAGACCCACACUGCUAAGACCAACAAAGUAAAGACAGCUUGA